AUGGCAGGGGAUUCUCAAAAUUCAGGCUCAAGCCAAGAGCCUGGCAGCCAUCUCCCUGCCAGCACACCAAAUACCACUGAUCCGACCAAACCGAGGCAUGAAUUCCCACAAUCGCAAGUUGGAAAGCUAUGGGAUGCCUUCGGGAAUCCUGAGGAGCCCGUGAAUGCCCUCGCCAAUGCCACCUACAAGCCUAGGGGUAAGAACCCCAACGAUAUCUCGUACUCGGACGUCGUCGGCACAGUUUCGAUUUCCGAGAUUUCUUCAUUCUACAAAGCACCAUGCGCUCGCGAAUCGUUAAUGACUGGCAUCGGUGCCGGUUUUGGAAUCGGUGGUACUCGCGCCAUUUUCGGAGGAACGCGCGCUUUAUGGUCUGCGGGAAACUGGGCUGUGGGUAUAUUCGCUAUCACUUCCUUGGGAGCUUACGAGUUUUGCCGACGACGUCGGAUUCAAGAAUUACAUGGCAUGAAGGAGGCGGUCGAGCUGAUGAAGGAAUUGAAAGAGAAAAAGCUGCGCGAUAAGGAAAAGGCUGCCGUCGAGGCCGCGCAACGUGCGGAGGAAGAACGUCGGAAGAAGAGCUGGACGAAUCUCUCCAACUACAAGUUCUGGUAG